UGCCCUGUGAAUGAGACUGUGCAGCCAUUUUGCUUGUGCUGCGGCAUCCGAUAUCCGAUAUAUUCAAUAGAAGAACCUUCGGUCGUUUCACGCCUUGCCGGCUCCUGACACCUCUUUAUCACAUUAUUAACUAAGUUGAUAGCAUUAAAACAACUAUUCACCGAAAUGGAGGGGGCUAGUGGUGGAUAUUAACCGAGCUGCGAUGCAGCGAGGUAAAUAUCAACCGCUAGCCACCGACACUGACGUGAAUAGUUGUUUAUGAUAAAACAGUGAGAUAAUUAAGCACAGGAGAUGAUUUUAACUCCUUUUUUCCUGAAACAAUUGUUAUAUUUUUGGGUACAAAUCCCGCGCGUUGCUCGGAGGUGAAAAGCAAAGGAUAUUUGGAGUUUGAGCAGCCAAUCAGAGCGCGCCUUCAACGCUAUCCAGUGUUUUUGUAUAUACUAAAGCAAACUAUCUUGUUAUACCCCCCUUUUACGCAGCACAAUAUGUCUAUGAUCACCUAAAAUACACUGGUUAAUGUAGUUAUGUUUUAUUUUUCUUUUCUUUUCUUUUCAUCCACCCUUCAAUCAUUCGUUCGUUUCAUGUAUUUUUAUUUAAUUUUAGAAUGGCUGCAAAGUCUUACCAAGCAGGCUUUAAAAGGUGUUACGGGGGUCGACUUUCCAAUCUUUCUCAUAAAACGACCGAGAACGAAAUUCAACAAAUUUAUGACGACUGGGCAAAGGAAUAUGAAAAGGAUGUUGUUGUUGUGGCACGCGCAAUUUUCCACAAGCCACUGGCUGAGUCUUUGGAUGAAGCCAUUCGGCGAUUUCUCGCUGGGAAAGAAAAAGAUGACGUGAAAAUAAUAGACGCCGCAGCUGGUACAGGACUGGUUGGAGUCGAACUAAAUAAACUCGGCUACACCAAUCUAUGUGCUUUGGAUAUUUCACCAGAAAUGUUAGAUGAAGCAAAGAAAAAAAACGUCUACACAAAGUUUAUAUGUUCCUCUUUAAGUGACAGGCCAAAUCCUGAAAUUGCACCAGAAGAAUUUGAUGCUUUGAUUUGUGGGGGCUCAAUGCUUGUAGGACACAUCGGUCCAUCGGCGCUCAUAGAGAUGAUCAGAAUAAUAAAAAUCGGUGGUUUGGUAUGUUUCAACAUCCGAGAUGGGCAACUAGAGGACUAUCAAGAGAAGAUAUCGGAAUUAGAGUCAUUGGGAUCGUGGAAAUUAAUCUCAAAAAGGUCAUUGCCAUUUUUUGAAAGCGAUGACAUGCCUAGAGAAACUUUCCUGUUUAUAUGUCAAGUCUUGGAUUCUGCGAGGUGAUUGUGCAAAUGGAAAGCGUGGCGUUCUGAAUGAUACCGCUGUGACUGAGACUGGGAUAAAGACGUCCUUACUAAGCUUCCGAAUGUUUAUAACAACGAAAUUUUAACGUUGCACAAUAAAAGCCGACUUCGAAUAAAUAGGUAUGGAAAACAGUUUAACCUGUAUUAAGCGAUCACCAAUGGGAAAAGGUGGGGUGACUGCAUAAUACAGGUGGACCGCUUUUAAAGCUCUGUUUAGCCAAGGGUAAAAAUUCCCGACGUUCUGCUGCCGUGGGCGAAUCAAUACCUCUACAAGCAAUCAGAGUCUCUUUUUUGGAAAGAACUCGAUCAAAAUAUUAUCCCUGAUCGUUACAGGAGAGUCAAAUUCCGGCCAUGCACCUUCUCUUAUCAAAAUGCAAGAAAUAACACGUUUCCUGUAAUUUAUUUAUUUCUUGUUUUUGUAAGGCCUAAUACAACCGCCAAGUGUGAGACGGUGCACAUUAUAAUAUAAUAAUAUUGUAAUCAAAUUUUGUUGAGUUCAAGUUAGUGGUUUUACUAAUGCCUCAGGAUUUUGUAGACAAAAAAUGACGAGGUUUGAGGCAUGUCGUCUGUCUGGAAAUGGGGAAUCGUUUCCUUGACAACAUUCACCCACUUUCCCUCUUUCUCCAAUUCUUCCAUCAUUGGCUGAUAUCGUUCAAGCUCACCAAAUCGAAUGUUGAAGCUGAGAAGACCAUCUACGAUUUAGGAAAAAAAAAAGAUCAAUAUUUGA